AUGCUGUCGCAACAUGAGCUGCUGAAGCGCAUCAUGGAAAUCAACAAGGACCCCAGCCUGUCGGAUGCCGAGAAGGCGUCCGCCCGGCAGGACCUGAUGAGCGGCAAGUGGAAGGCCAGCGAGGAGGACAAGGAGACGGCCAAGGCCGAUGACAAGGCCAAGGCGGCGGCCGGAGAGGAGAAGGACAGCAGCCUGCUGGACGACGACACACUCAAGUGUGCCAUCUGCUUCGACCUUUGCGUGCGCCCCGUCACGGCCCCCUGCCAGCACAACUUCUGCCUCAAGUGCUUCCAGGUGCGGCCAGCGCGACGCUCUAAGAAGGCGUGCCCCUCGUGCCGCCACGAGUUUGGCGCCAAAUUUGCGGCCAACCCGCGCAUCAACACCGCGCUCACGGUCGCCAUCCGCGCCUUCAAGGCCGGAGACGCCCGCGCCGCCAGCAAGCCGUUUGUGCGCAUCAACAAUGAUGACCGGCCGGACGAGGCUUUCACCACAGAGCGGGCGCAGCGUGCGGGCCGCGCCAACGCCGCCUCGGGGCGCAUCAUGGUCAACAUCCCCAACGACCACUUUGGCCCCAUCCCCCCCGAGGCAGACCCCCGCGGCACUGGCAUCAAGGUGGGAGAGUACUGGAAGGAUCGGCUGGACUGCCGCCAGUGGGGCGCACACUUCCCGCACGUGGCGGGUAUCGCGGGCCAGUCCAACGUCGGCGCACAGUCCGUGGUGCUGUCUGGAGGGUAUGAGGAUGACCGCGACGAGGGAGAGUGGUUCCUGUACACCGGCUCCGGCGGCCGCGACCUGUCUGGCAACAAGCGCACCAACAAGGAGCAGUCGUUUGACCAGGUGUUUGAGAGCAUGAACAAGGCGCUGAAGCUGUCCUGCACCAAGGGCCUGCCCGUGCGCGUAGUUCGCUCCUACAAGGAGAAGCGCUCCAGCUACGCUCCCACAGAGGAGACCCCCGUGCGCUACGACGGCAUCUACCGUAUCGUCAAGUGCUGGCGCACUAAGGGCAAGCAGGGCUACCUGGUGUGCCGCUACCUGUUUGUGCGCUGCGACAAUGAGCCGGCCUCCUGGAGCUCCGACGAGACGGGUGACCGCCCCGGCCUAGAGACCAGCCUGCCCAAGGAGGCGACGGAGGAGAUGAGGAAGGCGGACAAGGGGCAGGUGGUGUCGAUGAGCGACAAGCCCUGGUGGGACUGGGAUGAGGAGAAGCAGGCGUGGGGCUGGGCGCGCGACCCGCCCAUCAGCCAGAAGACGGCCGGUGGCGCCUCCGGCAAGCAGGGCGCCCGCAAGAAGGUCAGCGAGCAGGAGAAGGCGCUGCGCGAGUUUGCCUGCGGCAUCUGCAAGAACGUGCCAACCGAGCCCGUGUCCACGCCCUGUGGCCACAACUUCUGCAUGCCCUGCCUGGAGAAGAAGUUUGGAGGGAUUGCGGAUGAGAUCGACGCGGGCGCCGCCACGGGGCGCAGCCUACGUGUGCGCAAGGUCCUUAAGCCCUGUCCCACAUGCAAGGUGGACAUUUGUGACUUCCUGAAGACUGCCCAGGCCAACCGGGAGAUGACGGCGGUGAUUGCCAAGCUGCAGGCGGCCGUGGAGAGGGCCCGCCUGGAGGCCAAGGCGGAGGCGGAGGAGGGAGAGGAGGGUGAGCACGGCUCCGUGCCAGCCUGGCAGCCUGGCUGCACGGCGAGCCGACGCAGGCCGUGCUUCUGUUGCAGCAGGGGCCCGGUGUGCUUGCGUGAACAUGCCUGCCUGUGCCCCUGA